AUGAAAGCACAUCUUGCUUUAGGCGUCUUGAUUGCAAGGGGAAUAUCGGCACUUCCCAGCAACGUUCUGACAGAAAGAGCGGCAGCUGCAAAUGGGACCGUAACAUAUGCGGGUGUGAAUAUUGCGGGUUUUGAUUUUGGGUGUUUGACGGAUGGAUCUCAAGACCCCAAAAAGGCAGUACCUCCUGUCAACGGCCUCGGUGGCCCUGAUGGCGCCGCUCAAAUGUCCCAUUUCGUGAAAGACGAUCAUUUCAACAUAUUCCGUCUGCCCGUUGGCUGGCAAUACCUGACAGGCUCAACACUAUCAUCCACCUCGACUCUCAACGCUGGUAACCUACAGAAGUACGAUCAACUUGUGCAGGCAUGCUUGAGAAGCGCCAGCACCACCGUCUGCGUACUCGAUAUCCAUAAUUAUGCAAGAUGGAACAAGCAGAUUAUCGGCCAAGGAGGGCCUACCAAUGCACAAUUCGUCGGAUUGUGGACCCAACUGGCUGCGAAAUAUAAAGGGGAGACGAGAAUAGCGUUUGGAUUGAUGAACGAGCCUCAUGAAGUUGAUAUAAACAAAUGGGCAGACACUUUACAGCUUGUUGUUAACGCUAUAAGGGGAGCUGGUGCAACUACCCAAAUGAUUUACCUCCCUGGAAAUGAUUACACAUCAGCUGGAAGAUUCAUUUCAAAUGGCUCAGGCGCUGCGCUCAUGAAAGUAACGAACCCAGAUGGUAGCUUCACGAACCUGAUAUUCGAUGUCCACAAAUAUCUUGACAGUGACAACAGUGGAACACACACUGAUUGCGUGACCAACAAUAUCGACUCUGCCUUUCAGCCUCUUGCGACUUGGCUGAGAACCAACAAGCGCAUGGCAAUUUUGACUGAGACUGGUGGCGGUAAUACGGCGAGUUGCACCACGUACAUGUGCCAACAGAUUGCCUUUUUGAAUGCAAACUCAGAUGUAUACUUAGGUUAUGUCGGAUGGGCAGCGGGGUCCUUCGAUGGUACAUAUGAGCUGACCGAGACACCCACUGGAAGUGGAAACAAUAUGCAAGACACUUCACUUGUCAAAGCAUGCCUCAGGAGAUGA